UUGACGGUAGGCUACUGCAACGGAAAGAAACAUUAAGCAGCAUAGCCUAAUUUCACGAUCUUGCCAUAGAUACUAUAUUUUAACGUAAUUAUACGCAGUGUUCCUGUCAUUUCCAAGAUUGAAUGCCAAUUUAUUUACUUAAUUUAAUAUGGUCUUUGACGUUAAAAUUACCCGUUCUGGGAAUGUACUUUGACCCUCGGCACUACCACUACCCGGGUAUCGGAAGUGGUAUGGAACGGAGAAAAAACAUUAAGAAAAAGUCGGGGUAUCAGGGAGAAGGGAAGAGGGAGACAGGAGAAAAACGCCCUAAAAUGGCCCAAACAGUGGGAGAAAAGGGAUUAUAUCUCUUGGCAAUGAUUGUGCUGAUAUGUGCCAUACGCGUGGUGCCACUUUCUGCAGUGCCCCCUUGUAAGUACCGUAAACAAGCGUAUCUAAAGUGAACGUCAGCUCGCCACGGAGGUAUUUUGCUGUAUUUACCUUAACACCCUGCUGAAGUGAGAGUAAGAUAAGUGAAUCCGAAAGGUUGAACAUGAGUUCAAAUAAGACAGAGGUAACUUAACCAGUUAGCAGUUUAGCAUUAACAUUAUUUCUAUGUACCGUUUUCGAAGGUGCACGUUUGUGUACGUUAACCAACCUCUAACUUUUGGUAACGACAGGCUACCUGGGUAGCUUGCUACACCAUCUCAACAUUUUCAUUAUUAAUUAACCUGACAUCACCAAAACAGUGAUGUAAAAUGGUUAAGCCACUGCCCUCACGCAGCCAGUGUUGAACACAAAUUGAACUUCCCUCCGUUGAAAGAUCCACGACUAGUAUGGUUUAGCCACAGAAACGUACGAUUUGUGGCAAGUCGGAUUAGAACAGCAUGUGACAUGGGUGGAUGAUGAAGGCAAGAGUCCCCUAGCCGAGUGUAGGCAUAGCGCAAAUUCAGCUAGUGUGACUCGGUCGUGACAGAGCAGCUGACUCGUCUGUACAGUAGUUAACGGAAGCUUGACAGUGAGAGCAGCAAGUCUUUUACAACCUCAGCCUAGUCUUCAAAACACAAGUCUUGCGUGUGCCUCACAUCCACAUCGCAAAUCUCCCGUGCUUAAGAUGGACGAAGCAAUUCUGACUGUCAGCAAUGAACUACAGAGUGACAUGGUUGUCUCUUGGCUGUCAGACCAUUGCUACCAGUGUUUGUUCCAGCCUCUAGGUGAAGUACCAGCAGCGCUGGAGCCUGGGAUCCCCAGCGUGGUGGACUUCACAGUAGGCACACAGCACCCUCUCACCCUUCAGCUCAACAGCUCGCCCGUCAACCUAGAGCAGUGCAGGCUUCAUUUUCAUUUUGGUGAGCAUGGAAAAUACUCACUGUGGGUGAAGAAUCUCAAUGAUCCGUCAGAGGUCAACUGCUCCUUAGUUACUGAAACAGAACCUGUCAACAGCUACUUGCCUAUUUUGUUUGCAUUCCUUGGCUUUACUGGCUUGGCUGUCUUGGCUGCCAUUGGGAAUUCAAUAAUGCGACUGCAAGUGGUAAAAAAUCUUCUUCUGCAUUGGGGCAAUGCUAUGGAGACAGACAGACUCAUAAACUCAGAGCUUGGCCCAUCACAUCGCUUGGUGGAGUCCUCUGUGGAAGCGGCCAUGCCCGCCACUGCUGGCAGGAGGCUUCGGUCUCUGGACACAUUCCGAGGAUUCUCCCUAGUCAUAAUGGUCUUUGUAAACUACGGAGGCGGGAGAUACUGGUUCUUCAGGCACGAGAGCUGGAAUGGCCUCACUGUGGCAGAUUUAGUAUUUCCAUGGUUUGUCUUCAUCAUGGGCACCUCCAUUGCUCUGUCUAUCAGUGGCUCACUGCGUAGAGGGGUCUUCCGCUCCCACUUACUGGGCAAGGUCCUGUGGAGGAGCGUCCAGCUUUUCCUCAUCGGCCUCAUCGUCAUCAAUCCAAACUACUGCCAAGGGCCCUUGUCCUGGGACUCCUUGCGUAUUCCUGGAGUGUUACAGCGACUAGCGUUUUCCUACCUAGUUGUUUCUUCUCUGGAUCUUCUGGUGGCCAGAGUUCGACUUGAUAACUUUCCCAUGGAUGCCUGGUGGUACCCAGUUUGUGAGUGCCUCCUUUACUGGCCUGCCUGGCUGUGUGUGGUUUUCCUGGAAGCGCUGUGGUUGUAUCUGACUUUCCUCCUUCCAGUCCCUGCCUGUCCAAAUGGGUAUUUGGGGCCUGGUGGAAUAGGAGACUUUGGGCAGUACCCAAACUGCACAGGGGGAGCAGCAGGCUUCAUCGACCGUUGGCUUCUGGGAGAGUCUCACAUUUACCAGACGCCAUCAUCAAGGGUUGUUUUCCAGACCAAAGUUCCAUUUGACCCUGAGGGAACGUUGGGCAGCAUUAACUCCAUCCUGAUGGCUUUUCUUGGUGUUCAGGCUGGAAAGAUUCUUCUUCACUAUAGGGAUCUUCACUCAAAAAUAAUUUCCAGAUUUCUCAUAUGGGGGUUUAUCCUGGGGGCACUAUCUGCUAUCCUGACCAAGUGUUCCAAAGACCAUGGUUUCAUCCCCAUCAAUAAAAACCUAUGGUCUCUGUCUUAUGUGACCACGCUCAGCUGUUUCGCCUUUGUUCUACUGGGUGUGGUGUACUACAUAGUGGAUGUCAAGAGAUGGUGGUCAGGUGCUCCUUUCUACUACCCAGGCAUGAACUCCAUCUUGGUGUAUGUGGGCCAUGAGGUCUUUGAGGAGUACUUCCCCUUCCGCUGGCGGAUGGCUAACAGCCAGUUGCACGCAGAGCACCUGGCCCAGAACCUAGUGGCCACAUCUAUAUGGGUGUUCAUCUCCUUUGUACUCUACAGGAAGAAGAUUUUCUGGAAGAUUUAAGUGCAUCCUGGGUGAAGGAACAGGUUUGUUCCUGAAUGAAGGGAGACUUAAAGUGAGAAACACUUAUUUUGGGCCUUUUCAGGGGAACUGUCACAAUAUUUGUUACAUUGGUUCCCUGAGAAUACUACAGAGACCAGGGAUUAAAGCAAACCUCUAGCUUUCUAUUGCCAACGCUACGUAAAGGCACAGGGAGCUUGCGUUGGGUUCAGUUCGCAUGAGCAUCUGUCUUUGUGUGGUAGGGUGGUGUGUUGGUCAGCACUACAUUUCCAUGGAAACAUUUUCAAAGGGCUUUGUCCUGUGGCUUUGUUAUUUUGUUACUGAUCCAAAAAUGACUAGAUGGAUAUAAACAAGGUAGCAGACAAGGUAACUCACCUAUGUAACUAAUACAUUAAAGUGACCUGUCUGCUAUGUGGCACAACAAUCCUGUUAUGUUAGUGAAGGACUUUUUAAUGCUGUAUUUUAAUGCUCUGGAGGAUUAUCAAUAACUUAAGUUUGCUGUAUCUGAGUUAAGGGAUGUCAGGUUGAAGCAGCCUUCAAACAAACUUCUUGCUCACACAAUUGUGCCAAAUAUUCUAAGGUGUUCUAUUUUCCACAAUCAUUAAUAGUAAAAAAUGUUGGGGUGGUGGGGAUAUUUGUAUUAUUAUUUUUUACAUUUUUUUAUGUACUGUAUCAUGGUUGUAAAUAAAGACUGGUUAUUUGUGAGAUGCAGAGCUCAGACAACAAGGCACAAUUCAAGUAGACACAGAGUAUUAAUGAAUUACCUCUGAAUGUUUGUGUAAUAUAGUUGAAUUACCAUGAUUAUUGAACUUUUUUUCUUUCUACUUUUUUAUACUUUUCAGACUUUUAGUAUCUGGUAAAAUUAGUAAAUGGUUAAAAUAAUUCUGUAAUAAAAUAUCUUAAAUUAUA